AUGGUUAAUGGAGAUGUUGUUGAUUUCAAUUACUACUACUAUCACUACUACUACUACUACUACUACUACUACUACUACUACCAUUACUACUACACACACACACACGUGACAAUUGUCAUUCUUGGACAUCUGACUUUGCAUCUGAUCGUUAUCAUGUACAUCAACCGGUUGCGUAAAGGUGUUCAAAGUGGCCUCAGUGAUUGGCGUCGUCAACUGGCUGUCACAUCGGACACGGCACCCGCACUACCGAAUAACAAUGUGAAUCAGUUGGCAAACAACUUCCUCGCUAAUCCCCAAAACCACACACAUCAUGCGAAUGUAACAGAGGCGUUGUGGAGUUUGCGGGACCAUCUGUUGGAGGAUGCCCUGAAAAUUCGUGUGCAUUGUCUGAAUUCCGUUGAAUGUUUAUAA